AUGAGCAAUAAUGGAACAGACCUCACCACUGGUUUCAUCUCCUCUAUUGUAGCCAUCCUUUUGUUUGGCUCAAACUUUGUACCACUUAAAAAAUAUGAGACUGGUGAUGGAAUGUUUCUCCAGUGGGUACUUUGUGCUGCCAUAUGGUUGGUUGCCUUGGUGGUCAAUCUGAUAUUACAUUGCCCUAAGUUUUGGCCUUUUGCAAUGGUUGGGGGCUGCAUUUGGGCAACAGGAAACAUUGCUGUUGUCCCGAUUAUCAAAACCAUUGGUUUGGGCCUUGGAAUCUUGAUCUGGGGAUCAUUUAAUGCCUUAACCGGCUGGGCAAGCUCAAGGUUUGGCUGGUUUGGAAUGGAUGCAGAAGAGGUGUCAAAACCACUGCUCAAUUACAUCGGAGCCGGACUGUCAGUAGUAAGCGCUUUCAUAUUUUUGUUCAUCAAAAGCAAAAUACCAAGUAACACGUAUUCUGUGGACACCACGCCAUUAAUAACAGAGCAUGUGAUUAACAAAACUCAAGAUCGCGGUCCUGACUAUUCCUGGGUGGAUAAACUUUCUACAGUGCAAAACCGCUUAGUGGGCUGCAGUCUCGCGGUAAUAUCUGGAAUAUUCUAUGGAUCUACAUUUGUGCCAAUCAUUUACAUCAAGGACCACAGCAAGAGAAAUGAUAGUAUAUAUGCAGGGGCAAGUCAGAACGAUUUAGACUACGUUUUUGCACACUUCAGCGGCAUCUUCCUUGCAAGUACAGUCUACUUUCUGGCCUACUGUAUAGCCAUGAAAAAUAAUCCUAAACUAUAUCCCAAAGCAGUCUUGCCAGGAUUCCUGUCUGGAAUACUCUGGGCCAUUGCUACCUGCUGUUGGUUCAUAGCGAAUCACUCCCUCAGCGCUGUGGUCAGUUUUCCAAUCAUCACUGCUGGUCCAGGAUUUGUAGCUGCAAUGUGGGGUGUCUUCAUGUUUAAGGAAAUACAGGGUCGACAAAACUACCUGCUGAUGAUACUUGCGUUUUGCAUCAUCUUGGCUGGAGCCUUAUGCACAGCUUUUUCUAAAAUCUAA